AUGGAGUCUGUACGUGCACCUCCACUGCCAAGGCCAGCCAGCGGGCAGGUGGCAGUCACCACUGGGACCCAGGGCCGGCUUCCGCUUCUCAGGGAUGGGUUCUGGCAACUUCACUUCCACCCAGGGCAGCUUCCUGCCAAGCCUGCUCAGGGCCCCUGGGUGGAGAGCAGAUGGCUCCAUGGCCUCUCAGCUGCCUGCCCACCUCUGCUCCCCCACAGCAUGGCUGACAAGAACGGGGCCCUCAAGUGCACCUUCUCGGCCCCUGGCCACAGCACCAGCCUCCUGCAGGGCCUCGCUGCCCUCCGCGCCCAGGGCCAGCUCCUGGACGUCGUGCUCACUGUCAACCGAGAGACCUUCCACGCGCACAAGGUGGUCCUGGCUGCCUGCAGCGACUACUUCAGGGCCAUGUUCACGGGUGGCAUGCGGGAGGCGAGCCAGGACGUCAUUGAGCUGAAGGGCGUGUCGGCCCGUGGCCUGAGGCACAUCAUCGACUUCGCCUACAGCGCCGAGGUGACCCUGGACCUGGACUGUGUGCAGGACGUGCUGGGCGCCGCCGUGUUCCUGCAGAUGCUGCCUGUGGUGGAGCUGUGCGAGGAGUUCCUCAAGGCCGCCAUGAGCGUCGAGACCUGUCUGCACAUCGGCCACAUGGCCACCACCUUCAGCCUGGCCUCGCUCAAGGAAUCAGUGGACGCCUUCACCUUCCGGCACUUCCUGCAGAUAGCCGAGGAGGAGGACUUCCUGCACCUGCCGCUCGAGCGCCUGGUCUUUUUCCUGCAGAGCAACCGGCUGCAGAGCUGCGCCGAGAUUGACCUGUUCCGGGCGGCCGUGCGCUGGCUGCAGCACGACCCAGCCCGGCGCCUGCGUGCCAGCCACGUGCUCUGCCACAUCCGCUUCCCGCUUAUGCGGCCCUCGGACCUGGUGGACAACGUGCAGACGCUGGACAUCAUGGUGGAGGACGUGCUGUGCCGCCAGUACCUGCUGGAGGCUUUCAGCUACCAAGUGCUCCCCUUCCGGCAGCACGAGAUGCAGUCGUCACGCACCGCCGUGCGCUCGGACGUGCCCUCGCUGGUGGCCUUCGGUGGUACCCCGUACACAGACAGUGACCGUUCCGUCAGCAGCAAGGUGUACCAGCUGCCCGAGCCGGGUGCCCGCCACUUCCGUGAGCUGACGGAGAUGGAGGUGGGCUGCAGCCACACGUGCGUGGCAGUGCUGGACAACUUCGUGUAUGUGGCCGGGGGCCAGCACCUGCAGUACCGCAGUGGCGAGGGCGCCGUGGAUGCCUGCUACCGCUACGACCCCCACCUCAACCGCUGGCUGCGCCUGCAAGCCAUGCAGGAGAGCCGGAUCCAGUUCCAGCUGAACGUGCUGUGCGGCAUGGUGUACGCCACGGGGGGCCGCAACCGGGCCGGCAGCCUGGCCUCGGUGGAGCGGUACUGCCCGCGGCGCAACGAGUGGGGCUACGCCUGCUCGCUCAAGCGCCGUACAUGGGGCCACGCAGGCGCCUCGGCGGGGGGCCGCCUGUACAUCUCGGGUGGCUAUGGCAUCUCGGUGGAGGACAAGAAGGCCCUGCACUGCUACGACCCCGAGGCCGACCAGUGGGAGUUCAAGGCGCCCAUGAGCGAGCCCCGAGUGCUCCACGCUAUGGUGGGCGCCGGCGGCCGCAUCUACGCUCUCGGGGGCCGCAUGGACCACGUGGACCGCUGCUUCGACGUGCUGGCCGUGGAGUACUACGUGCCCGAGACGGACCAGUGGACCAGCGUCACCCCCAUGCGGGCCGGCCAGUCUGAGGCUGGCUGCUGCCUGCUGGACAGGAAGAUCUACAUUGUCGGGGGCUACAACUGGCGUCUCAACAACGUGACCGGCCUUGUGCAGGUGUACAACACCGAGACGGACGAGUGGGAGCGCGACCUGCACUUUCCCGAGUCCUUUGCCGGCAUCGCCUGUGCCCCCGUGCUGCUGCCCCGGGCCGGGGCCCGCAGGUAGCUCCCCAGACCCCGGUUACCGGCUUGGCUGUCUGCUGUUUCUGCCAGGGGCUUGGUGGGCGCAGGUUCCCGCAGAGAACUGGGCCGCCCUACCCCUGGGCCGGCCUCCUGGGGCCUGCUGCGUAGAUACGGCACCCUCUGCGCCCCUGCUUCCUUCCUGAAGCAGAUUCUGGCUCCACGCCCUCGGGGGGAGCCUGCCAGCAGCGUGGCUGACGUGCUGUGGCCGCCAGCUCACACCCAAGGCGGUUUCCUCGCCCACCUCAUGUUCUCCCUGGCGGGUGGGAGUAGGGGUCUUGUGUGUGGCUUUGUCUCCCCUCUCUCCCCUCCCUCCGCCUGGAGGUCUGAGACAUUCAGAUGCGAACUCAUUUGAUCCUCCAGUUCCCCCCGCCCACUCUGAGUUGCAUGUGUCUUUUUUUAAAAAAACACACCCCAGAUCUCUGUGACACCCAGGAGCAGGAGAGGCGGCUGGGAGGUGCCUGACUCGGGGUGGCCAGAAGGGCAUGUUUCUGCCUCCCCAGUGAGCCCGAGCUGCUGAGUGGGAGGGGACCAGUGCUCCUCUCCAUUCCUGACCUGGGUCCUGGCACCUUCAGGGUGUGCGAUCGCCUGCUUUCAGGAGGGAAAACCACAGCCACCUCCCAGAGAUGGUCCUUAGGGGCCUUAGGCCUUCCGUUUGGCUCUGGGUGACGUGCAGGGCCGUAACAAGAACAGGGCUGAGGCUCCUCGUCCCUGGCCCUGUCCCACGAGUGAGCGGGGACAUGGGCCUCAGAAUCUCACAGCGCAUCUGUCCCGUGGUUUUAUUUCUGCCCCUUUCUAGCCCUCUGCUCCCCCACCCCCGCCCUGUGUGCAGGUUGGCGUGCCGCCGGGCCUGUGCCCACUUGGUGCGGGAAGUCAGGCAGGCUGUGAGGCUGCUCCCUACGAGGGAUUUGCGGCAUCUGUGGCCACGUUUGUUUUGGAGUCUAAACCUCAAAACCUCUUUUUUUGUUUGGUUCUCUUUUGCUUUUUCUUAAGAGGCCAGCACUGCUGUCUUAUAAACGAGAUUUGUACCCUUGGGGCAACUUAAAGUGUCUCUUCUGCUGCUAAUGGACGAUUGAUGUCGUGUCUCUGUGACCCUCGCGCCAUGUGAAGAAUUGACCUCAGACCUUAGCAGACGUCGCCGCCUAUUUUCCUUAUAUUUAAUAAAAAUGUUAUGGUAAAAAGAUGGAGUGGGCCCAGGGCUGAGCUUGUGGGGCAUGACGGCAUGCAGAUUCCUAAUGGCCUUGCAUGUUGGGGGCUUCUCUCCCCCCUCCCCCUCUCCUAGCCUUGCAGAGGAGCAGGACCAGCCUUUGGCUCAGAGCCGUGGGGGCAGUGGGCUUCCCAGGCGGGGCAGUGGUAAAGGACUCGCCCGCCAAUGCAGGAGACGCAGGUUUGAUCCCUGUUGGGGAAAUCCCUGGAGGAGGAAAUGGCAGCCUGCUCCAGGAUUCCUGCCUGGAGAAUCCCAUGGACAGAGGCUGCCUGGAGGGAUAUAGUCCAUAGGGUCGCAGAGUCGGACAUGACUGAGCAGAUGUACCCGUGCGGCUGUGGGUGUGCAGCCAGGCCUUCCACUUCCAGUGGGGAAGACAGAGGGCAAACCCGGCCCAGGAGGGGCGGCCUUGGAGGGACUCUUUCCAUGUUGCUCCUUGUGCCUGGUGGCCCAGCCCCCUGCCAUCAGCCAGCCCCAGAGCUCCUGGCGGGUUCUGUUUCCAUCUACUCAGUCGCAGGACUCCAGGGUGGGCAGCCAGGAGCCCUCUCCCCAGAGGGUGGGAUAGGGGAGAAGCAGGGCGGGUCCUCAAGGAAUGAUGUAGUCACCGUGCUUUCGUAUGGGCCCCAGAGCUCCGUGGAUUGCCCCCAAUCCCUGCUCCUAUAGCAGGCCUCGCUGCAAACCCCACUGCUGCCUCGUGGAGAAUGGAGUUUUCUGACAGCCUCCUGAAAGGGCCGGCUUCUGGGAUCACCCUCAAAACGCACCCACAGGCCCGGUGCUCCUGCGCCAUGGCCGCCAGGGUCCAGGGGUGAAGCGGAGUCCGUGUGGGGGCAGGGGGACAGGGUCGAAAUAGAAACUAGAUGGGGAACCUGUGAUGAGUCCACACUGCCAGCGUAGAAAUGAAAAGAGCAGCCCUCGGGGAUUUACCAGAACAUUCCAGCCCUUUCUCAUCCCCACCCCCCAACCUGAGCUUCCCGCAAAGAGAAUCCUUCCUUGCUAGAGGCAUGGCCCCUUCAGGGGGGCAGUUAGAAGCCCUUGCCAGCUGCAAGUCCCCCCUAGCUCAGCUCACACCUUAGAACAUCUUGUCCCCAGUGAGCUGGCAGGGAUGGCGGCACGGAGCAGGGGGUGGGGUGGGGGCUGCCGUAUCUAACCGGGUCGAUUGUGCAUAACCGUCUGGGCUGGUUCAUGGAAUGUUCCGGGGGCCCCCUGCCCCUCCCUCUCCAUACCCACCCACGAAC